AUGGCCCCACUGCUGUCUGCCCUUGUCAGUCUUGGGCUGUGUCUGGGGCAUAUGGUGCAAACUCAGCAGGGCUCUCUCCCCAAGCCCUCCCUCCAUGCCCUGCCUAGCUCCCUAGUGCCGCUGGACAAGCCGGUGACCAUCCAAUGCCGGGGGCCUCCGGGCGUGGACCUGUACCGCCUGGAGAAGCUGAGGUCUGGGAAGUAUGAGGAUCAAGCUACCCUUGUCAUCUCGGCCAUGAAGGAGAGUUUCGCCGGGCAAUACCGCUGCUCCUACCAGAAAGGGACCCGCUGGUCUCCUCCCAGCGAACAGCUGGAGCUGAUCGCUAUUGGAGUUUACACCAAGCCCUCACUUUCAGCCCAGCCCGGCCCAGCCGUGUCACCAGGAGGGGAUGUCACUCUACAGUGUCGGAGCCAGUAUGGUUUUGACCAAUUUGCUCUAUACAAGGAGGGGGACACAAGGCCCUACAAGGGACCGGAGAGGUGGUACCGGGCCGAUUUCCCCAUCAUCACAGUGACUGCUGCCCACAGCGGGGUCUACCGAUGCUACAGCUUUUCCAGCAAGUACCCGUACCUGUGGUCAGCCCCCAGCGACCCCCUCGAGCUUGUGGUCACAGGGACCUCUGUGACCCCCGGCUGGUUACCCACAAAACCACCUGCCUUUGUGACAGAAUUCCCAGAAGCCUCCAGGAAACUGAACAUCUCACUUAUCAACAAAGGCUCCACAACUGAACCUUCUAGGCAUAUCACCGUCUUUCCAAAGGAAUCAGACUCUCCAACCGGUCUUCCCCAGCAGCACUACAUCAAGGGCAAUCUGGUCCGGUUAUGCCUCGGGGCUGUGAUCCUAAUACUCCUAGUGGGGUUUCUGGCAGAAGACUGGCACAGCCGAAAGAAACCCCUGCGGCACUUGGUCAGAGCUGUCCACAGGCCACUCCCACCCCUUCCGCAAACCCAGAAACCACGCAGUCGGCCGGAUAAGGGUCGACCAGAUGGCCAUAACCAUGGGUGCCACAAUUAG